CCAACCAGAUCGAGAUCGGCGCGGUCACCCCGCUUCCAGCCAGCGGCGAGCAGCGCUUUGUCUCCAUCUGCCUUUGUUCGGCCCUCCUCUUAGAACAACUCAUCGCCCUCAACAACACGACAUGUCUGAUCAUCUGAGACAGUCUUCAGUCCGAGGACUGCCAGGCUCCCCAGGCCGUCCGUCUCCCCUAUCGCGACCCCAUUGGCCGUGGUCGACCUAUACACACCGGUCAUCUUCGUCCUCCACUUCCGUGUUCUCGUCAAGUGGUUCCAACUCUGGCGGACAGGGCUGGGAGUCGCGCUCUUCAGUGUCCACUCCUACUGUUCUCGUAUCCACGCCUGUGGGCGGCAGGCGCAACUCGACCCUUUCAGGCGUGUCGUAUCAAGCACAGAUGCCGGAGGAGUUGAGCACCAGACAGUGGUCAUUCAGUGCGUUCGAAUGGGUGGUCAGGGACGUGCAUAGACUGAGGGACUUCGUGGAGAGUCCGGAUGCCCCAGACGAUAUUGCAGGCGAGUCAGAGGAGGGGGAAGGAACAUCGCCCGAGACGGACGACUUUGAGAUCCUGAAGGAAACGCCUAUUAUUGGGGAUGGGAAGUUCAAACUCGAAAUUGCUAAGGUAUCCGCUCCCGAGACCACUGACCCAGCAUCAUCACCGAACACACGCAGCCAUGCGCCGACAUUGUCACUGUAUAUCACUUCACUCAUGAUGGAUUACGCAAACGCCGAUUACGAGAUGUGCACAUCCAUGUUCGCCGCGAUCAAGUGUCAGGAUGACCGCGUAGGCGAACGGGGUGCCCGUGCCGACUGGGCUUGGGAGUACUGGCAUAAUGGAUGGGUCUUCCGUCAGGAGAGCGAGGUCUGGGAAUGCCCAUUGCCUCCUUUGUCAUCUCUCCUUGAGAACCCGCGCAUCAAGGAGACGGACUCGUUCGUAAUAUGCGUGCAAAUGCAUUCACCGGUAGGGCCUUUCUUUCCUCAGCAACCAUCAGCAUAUUACGUGCCGCGAGAUCUGCUGGAAGGUCUCGAGGCAUCCUUGGACAAUCCGAAUACCGGUGAUGUUCAGUUUGUCUGUCUCGAGCGUCGUGAUGCGCAAGAGUCGGCUGUCGAGCAGGAGCCGGCAACACCCAGCACUGCAGGGCCUUCCAGCCACGUUUCCUCGGCCUCGCACGCGUCCGGACCACAGACUGUAGCGAGGAAGCGCAUCAUCUGGGCACAUGCAGACAUUCUCACCAAACGUUCAGAGUACUUCGCGACUAUGCUUGGCUCAUCAUUCCUUGAGAACAGCACUGCACCCUUACACCCUGGCGAGCGCAAGAUAUACAGUGUCAUCGUUGAGGAAGCCGACUUCGUGACGAUAUAUUGGCUGCUCAAGUUCGUGUAUGCCAAUUGGCUCCUUUUCCGGAAGGAAGACGAUCCCAGGGAAGCGGUUGACGGCAUUGGUGCCGGCUGGAGUGCACGAGGCCUCAGCACACCCGGUGCUCCGGACGAGUGGGAGUGGAAGACGUUCUCAAAGGGCUCACCUCCCGAGUCGGCCGGCGUGAGUGAUGCACGGAGCGUCACCAGCGCGGAGAGUGCUCGCUCAAACGGAGGGAAGAGCGUGAGCCCGCAGUCGAAGGAUAAGCGGACGUUCGACUCGAGGCAAAGUUCUGCGCAAGCUCCAAUGCCAACGACGCCCUCGAAGAGCACGUCGGCACCCAAGGUAGCGUCUCGCUCUCCGGCAACUCAGACGCGUCGUCCGGGUGCCUCCUCCACGCCUGGUGGCCAGAACACGCUCACUGUCUCCCCAUCUGCUCCGGCUGCGCCCUCCUCACGCGGCGCGAAGGACGUGCCUGUCCCGAUCUCGCCGUCUGGCGGCGCCUUCGCGGCACCGUUGCACUACCCGAUCUCUCCACGCCAACAGCGCCAGAGGUCCCACCCGCCCGCCGCGUCCACGCCCGAUCCACACCCGCAUCCGACGCUGCCUCCCCCACCCGCAUCUGCUCUAUCGAUGUACCAAGUCGCUCACAGAUAUGGGAUGCCGGGGCUUGCCUCGCUGGCCAUGGAACAUAUCAUGUCUACGAUCACGCCACAGUCCAGCUUCGCUGUAUUGCUCGCGACGUCAACUUGGGAUGAACUGCACUCCUUGGUAGAGGAUUAUGUCGUCGAGAAGUGGGAAGAAGUUUCUGUCUCCGAAGAGUUCGAGCAAUGCUGUGAGGAAGUCGCUGGCGGAGAAUGGGGUCCGGAGGGUGGCAAGACUCUGAUGACCCUGUUCAGACGACUACGGUCGCCGAGUAUAACAGCGUAGACCGCGGCGCGCGUAAUCUUGUCCCAGAAACUGCUGACUUGCUUGUAACACUAUUGCAUCAAUCUCGUAAUCUCGUGGACUACUUGCACCUUGAUAGCUCUGUUGAUUGAAUGUAUG